GGACGGGGCGGCGCCGGGACACCGCACAGGAAUGGCAAGGCAUAAGAAAUGCAAACGAAAACGAAGAGCCCGAGCAAGAUUUCGACUGGAAAAAAAGAGCAGUGCUGCAGCCCCCCAGGGCUCACUUUGUCCCUCUCCAAGGUCACCAGCUCAUCUUCCUCUGAACACAACACCAGUCCCAAGGGGCUCCCACUGGCCUUUAGCCUUGCCCAGUGUAAAAAGUGUGGUCAAACCCUUGGCAACAGCAGCAUCAUUCCUGUAUUGGUGGUGCCAGAGCAGGGUUGCACAGAGCUUUCAGGUGGUUAAAGACACGGUAUUUCCAUCACAAGUCUACUUAAGAGAACUAGAUAUGUUCAAGGAGAAGCUGGAAAAGUUGGAAAGUGAAUUUUCCAAGCUACAAGGAGCACUCCAGAUGAACGGAGUGGCGGCUUUGUCUUCAGAAAGUUCUCUUUGCCAAAGGUGUCACAAGCCAGUCCUGGCUGCUCCUGUGGGGACACAGAUGGAUCCUCCACCAUCAGCAUCCCUACCUGUGUCUAUCCCUCCUCCUCCUCCUCCUCCUCCUCCUCCUCCCCCGCCACUGCCUCCACCAAAACUGCCUCAAGCACCUCUCCUCCUCCAACGAGGCACAGCCUCUAAACUGGCACCACCAGUGAAAAAGGAAGGGCCCAUGCACAUCACCCUCAAGGACCUCCUGAAUGUUAAACUGAAGAAGACAAACUGCAACCUGAGAAUGGACAAGGAACAAUCACCAGUGAAGCCGUGCAGGGCAUUAAUUACAGUCACAGAUCUACAGAGUGUUAGUCUGAGACCUAAAUCCAAGCCAUCAGCUCAUGCUACAAAAUCUUUAAUUACCUCCCCCAAAAAUCAGAUUGAUCUUCGGAAACAUCUGAAGAAAGUCGAUAUACAAAGAAGUCCUGGUGGCACUCCUGUAAACAGUAAAGAAAACACUGAAUGUGGCUCUGGGCUGACACCAAUAAUGACACGGGCACUACGGCGCAAAUUUCAGAUGGCUCACCCCAAGAGUCCCUCACCUGCACGGUUGAGUGCUGCAAACAGCUUUGAUGAAAAGUGAAAAGGAAAGUAGGUUUAUGGAACAAAGUAUUUUCCAUUUGUGGUCUGGAAGCCACUUGAAUCCCAUUUUUAUCACACUCAGGCACAUGUAUCUGUAAGUGAAUGGGAAAACGGGGCAUUAUGAAACCCUGUAAAGCAGAUUGUGCUUUUAUCUCUGGCUAAGGUCUCUCAAUUUGGUUGCAUCUUCAUUCAUAAUGGAAAAAAAAAAUAGGAAAUUUUCCCAAGACUUGACACCUGGGUGCUGCUGAAGCAGGGACUAUUAUAUUCCCAGCACUGGUGCUGCUUGUCAUACACAUAUGCAUGUGUUUGCUGAAAUUCAGUAUUUUUGUAUCUUUUAUAUAAUUAACAAAAAAUAUCUUGACGGUAUUUGUACAGCUUCAAAGAAAAGCAACAGUUUAAUGCACUAAUGUUAUUAAAGGGGAAAGCUGCAAGCUUCAACAAACAGUUCAAUCUGUGGCUACAAAUGUAUGAGGCACUGUGUAUCACUGUGUAUCACUGCUGGCUGAUUAAAGGCAAUGAACUCAAAGCCUAUGUCCCACGGUCCGUGGGAGCCCCUUGUUAUAAAUGGAUACGGAUUUGUUCGAGUUUUGUUCAAAUUAAUCAA